CACACACGCUGACACGCGCGUGCGAACACACACACACUCACACACACAGACACGCCAGCGAGCUGCUGGUCGCUCAAUGGACCGAUUUCCCCGCUCUCCCUGAUCCCAGCCCAGCCCGGCAUGAGAAAUUGCAAAAUGGCCCGGGUCGCCAGUGUGCUGGGGUUGGUCAUGCUCAGCAUCGCCCUUCUGAUUUUAUCGCUCAUCAGCUACGUGUCCCUGAAAAAAGAGAACAUCUUCACCACUUCCAAGUACGCCAGCCCGGGGGCGCCCCGAAUGUACAUGUUCCACGCGGGAUUCCGGUCACAGUUUGCGCUGAAGUUUCUAAAUCCGUCAUUUGUGCCCAUUACGAAUUCUCUGACCCACGAACUCCAAGAGAAACCUUCUAAGUGGACAUUUAAUCGGACAGCGUUUUUACAUCAAAGGCAAGAAAUUCUCCAGCAUGUCGAUGUAAUAAAAAAUUUUUCUUUGACCAAGAAUAGUGUUCGGAUCGGACAACUGAUGCACUAUGAUUAUUCCAACCAUAAAUAUGUUUUCUCUAUUAGCAAUAACUUCCGAUCACUUCUUCCAGAUGUGUCACCCAUUUUGAAUAAGCAUUAUAAUAUCUGUGCUGUGGUCGGAAAUAGUGGUAUCCUGACAGGGAGCCGGUGUGGACAAGAAAUAGAUAAGUCAGAUUUUGUUUUCCGUUGCAAUUUUGCCCCUACGGAGGCUUUCCAAAGAGAUGUUGGAAGGAAAACCAACCUUACCACCUUCAACCCCAGCAUCCUGGAAAAAUAUUACAACAAUCUUUUGACCAUUCAGGACCGUAACAACUUUUUCCUAAGUUUAAAAAAGCUCGAUGGGGCCAUUCUUUGGAUCCCUGCAUUUUUCUUCCACACUUCAGCAACUGUUACCAGGACGUUAGUUGACUUUUUUGUUGAACACAGAGGUCAGUUAAAGGUCCAAUUGGCUUGGCCUGGAAAUAUAAUGCAACAUGUCAACAGGUACUGGAAAAACAAACAUUUGUCACCCAAACGUCUGAGCACAGGUAUCCUUAUGUACACCCUUGCAUCAGCAAUAUGUGAAGAGAUCCACUUGUAUGGAUUUUGGCCUUUUGGAUUUGACCCCAACACAAGGGAAGAUCUUCCAUACCAUUACUAUGACAAAAAAGGAACCAAAUUUACCACCAAGUGGCAGGAGUCCCACCAGCUGCCUGCUGAGUUUCAGCUGCUGUACCGAAUGCAUGGGGAAGGGCUCACCAAGCUGACUCUGUCACACUGUGCCUAAGAACUCCAAACAGAAAGUGCCAAAUGGCUGUUUAAAAAGUGCCCCAAAUCAAAUUGAAUAGUUGUCAGAAUAGGACCCUAGAGAAUUUCUUACAGUGAUUGUCUGCCAUUUAAGGAAAGAUAUCUUCUCUCCCUCUUUUGCAUUGCUCUUUUAAGGGUCUUAGGGCAGAUGCAAUGAAGCCACAUGAUUUAAACUUGAUAGAAGGAAUGUUACGUUUGGAACAUGCUGCUAACGAAAUGGUUUGAAGUAUUUUCAUGUUUGUAUUUUAAUACUAAAUUGCCUCCCAUUUUUUAUGAGGACUAGAGCUGUAGUUUCUGCAGCUUUGCUCAGAUACAGUCCUCAUAAUGAGAGGCCCCCUAGCCAAUUUGGGCAGGAUUUCAGUUUUGUCUUAGUGGGAUCAGACUCUUUGAAAUGGAAACAUAACUAGUUGCAUAUCAUCUCUCCCUCUCUGCCUCAGCCUCUGCCUCUUAUCUAUCUCCAUCUUUCUCCCU